GUCGUGCUACUGGCAGCGCUGCUGGUUCUCACUUUGAUAGUUCCCACCAGUGUGAUCUUCGCUUUCAUCAUCGCUUUCACGUUCUACAUUGGAAGCUCCAUGGGUCAGCGGAAGCGACAGCACCGGGAAGACUUCCUGAAAGAGCUCAGCAAGCUCAGCUGCUCCAUAACGAGCAAAAACAUCGUCUUCAACGGUGAUGAGCUGUGCAAGGCUUUGGAGGAGAAGGGCGUGACGCGCCUGACUCUGCGCGACUGGUGCAAUGCCAACUUCAAGACCCAGUUCAACCUCAAGAGCUUCGACCCCUGCCGAACGUUGGCAGAGUUGGCGGACCUUGUGGUGGAGUCUUCGCCUCUGAUCGAGACGACAGUGAGGCGCUACCGUGCCUGGCAUUCAGACGUCUACAACAACUUCUUGGACCACGUCCCGUCGGAUAGCACCGACUAUGACUCGAC